AGAGGCACUGGAGUGGAUACUGGGGGUACUGGGAGCACUGGGAGCCGGCCCUCAUUCGAGCUGAAAGCCCAGUUCAACCAGAGGCUGGAGGAGCACAAAUCCCGCGUGAAUUCCUUGGAAUCUUCCGUCUCCCAAGCCAAGCUCCGCUAUUCCGUCGCCCUCCGGAACCUGGAGCAGAUCAGCGAGGAAAUCCACGCCCGCCGAUUCCAGAGAAUCCUCCGGAAAAAACACCGGGAAAACCCCCUGGGAGCCGAGGGGGGAUCCCAAAACCCCGAAAUCCCGGGAAUUCCCGCCAGGACGGGCGGGGAAAACCCCGAAAUCCCGGGAAUUCCCGCCAGGACAGGCGGGGAAAACCCCGAAAUCCCGGGAAUUCCCGCCAGGACGGGCGGGGAAAACCCCGGAACCCCGGGAAUUCCCGGAAUUCCGGCGGGAAUUUCCGCCUCCGGGGAUUCCCUGUCGGUGCUCAGCCUCCAAACCAUCGCCUCGGACCUGCAGAAAUUCGACUCCGUGGAACAUUUGGCGGGAAUUCCCGGGAUUUCGGGAAUUCCGGAUGCGCUCAGCCUGCAGGGGGAGGAGUUGGGGGAGGGGAGGGAGAGGAGGAGGAAUUUCCGGCACCAUCGGAGCGUCAGCCUCUGAUUUUUUUUUUUUGGGAAUUUUUUGGGGGUUUUUUUGGGAAUUCUAGGAUUUUUUU